AUGAAGCAAGCCUGCUCUAAGCUCAGAUCAGCGGCUGCGGCGGAGGGCAGCGCUGAAAGGGAGAGGGCUGGUCAGGCUGAGGGUGUUCGGGGAGCACAGGUGGAGGAGUCGGCGGAGACGCCCGUGCCUGCGCCCCGAGUUAAGAAGAGGAUUGCUGCGGAGGAGCAGUCUGCAGCAGCGGAGCAGCCUACAGAGUCAACCGGCCCUGUGGCGGCUCACAAAAGUAGCAGCGAGUCUCAACUCGCUGCUUCUGGGGAGCCGAGCUGCGGCUCGCUGGUUGAUGGUGAUGCGGGGUCUCAGCCCAGUGCUGCCACCGUCGGAGAGUCGGGGCCGGGGGAGAGCGGCGGUGACGGCGGUGAUCAGGCCGUGGCUGCUGAGCUUUCCCGCACAGGGAAGGAGGCUAGCGGCAGCACUGGACUAGCAUCCAGUGACGCCAUAGCCCUGCCCUCAGCAGAGUCCUCACGGCCGGAGGAAGAUGAGUCGGGAGCCACAGAGGAGGAUUCGGCCGAGGAAUGGGAGGCGUUCGCGGGAGAAGAUGAGGAUGAGUAG